AGAACUAGGUGAACUCUGAGCUCAUGUACGAAAAAGUAAUAUUUGGUACAUAUUUUUGUUUGUACUUAAGUAAUUCAAUUUUAAUAAGACACUUUAAUAAAAAUAAAAUGUUUAAUUUCGCAUCCAAAUAAAAAGUAUACUAAUUUAGAGACUUAACACUGGGCGAUUUGUCGCUACUUUUUUUAGGAUAUAUGUUGCCAUGGUAACCAAGUUUAGCAACAAAACAAAUGACAGCCGUGGUCUUGAUUUAAAAUAAUAUGAGCAUAAAGCGGCUUGAUGUUUAACAAUAACUCGAACGAUCUGAUAGAAAAAAAUGUCGAAGGCUAAAUCCGGUGCCGUUUGGGAAGACAGGGAAGUACUAUUCGAUCUGCCUUUCGCGUACUUAAAACUACGUCCAGGAGAGAAAAUCUUCGACAGAAUAGAGCCUAUUGAGGAUACGAAAGGGAACAGCGGUGUCAAAGGACGAAUGGUCGUCACGAGUCUCAGGAUUAUAUGGCACUCGUUGGCAUCGCCCAGAAUUAAUAUGUCUAUUGGCUUGAACUGUCUCCUCUCGACGAGCACCAAGGUCGUGAACUCUGGUCUCCGUGGAACGACACAGGCUCUGCACGCGUUGGCAGCGUACCGAACUAACAGAUACGAAUUUAUCUUCACGAAUUUGUCGCCGAACUGCGUCCGCCAUUACACCUCUGUUGUCGGAGUUCACAAAGCUUACAUCAAUUCGAGAUUGUACAGAGAUCUGAAGCUGCGUGGGGCGAUCAUACAUAACAAACAACUGAGAAUGGUGCCUCAGGAAAAGAUUCUGCUUAACGAACACAGUAUCUGGAAUCUGUCUAGCGACUCCGGGAAUCUUGGCACGAUGCUGGUAACGAAUAUCAGAGUUGUAUGGUACGCUGACGUGAACGAGGCUUUCAACGUGUCCAUGCCGUACAUAACUAUUGAUAGCAUUUCAGUCAGAGCAUCGAAAUUCGGCGAGGCCUUAGUGUUCGUCAUCAGACAAACAUCGGGAGGUUAUGUGCUCGGUUUCCGGGCGGACCCGCGGGAUCGGCUGCCUCCAUUGCUGUCUGAACUCCAAACACUCCAUCGAGCUUAUACCGAGAAACCCAUAUUUGGGGUCGAAAUUAACUGGGAGAAUGAGGCUCCAACUACAAUCAAUGAUGAGAUUGAAGAGCUAGAAGAGAUAGGAGAACCUCGAGGGGAGAUGGGGCCAAGUUUAUAUAUGGCAUCUCAAUUGGCCAAACAUCAAGAAGGCAAGGACGUUCAGCCAGUUUACAGCCCGUAUUUAGGACUCGCUAUAGAACCAUUGAAAGAAGGUUUUACCCUCAAAAGCUUGUUUGAAGUUCAAAGUACAACUUAAAUCUUUGUUCGUAACUUAUUCGAGUUUGCCUUUUCAAUAUUGCCAUGUCAAGCUGUACUACAAUCGGUAAAGUAACUACACUGUGAAGAAAAGACAAGUUGUAACUAGUUAAAGAAUUUUACUGUAAAUAUAUUUAAUUUAAAUAAAAUAAUAAUAUAAAAAAAUAUAAAUAUGCCAA